GUUCAACUUGCACCAAAAACCCAAUAUGUUCAAAUACUUUGUUUUUGCCGCCUUCUGCCUGGCCAGUGCUGCUGCUGCUCCUGGAUAUCUGGGUGGACUGGCUGGUCCGGCCUUGCCGCUGGCUGCAGCUGCUCCGGCGAUCUCGUAUGGACACGCCUUGACCGCUCCAUCCAUCGCCUCUUAUGGAUUGGCCCCCAGGAUUAGCUAUGCCUCGCCUGCCUUGGCGCACGCUCCAUUGGCUGCUCCGGCCUACGGAUUGGGUUAUGGUCAUGGUUCCUUGGGCCUGGCUCACGGUUCCCUGGGUCUGGCCCAUGCUCCCUUGAGUCUGGCUCAUGGUUCCUUGGGCCUGGCUCAUGGCUCCCUCGGUCUGGCCCAUGCUCCUCUGGCUGCUCCCCUGGGAUUGGGCUACAAGUCGGCCUAUCCCGCUCUGGCUGCUCCUGGCUAUGGACUUGCUCAUGGUUGGUAA